AUUUACAUCACAAUAUAAUGACUACAUAUAUAUCUUCUACUCGUACCCGUAACAGAUUAUAGCAGAUUAUCUCCGCUCUUUACACUACAUGGCUGAGCAAGAUCAAGCUAAUCCUCCCAACAUGACGCUCUCACAUCGAUAUAAACAUUCCAACCAACAGUCUCCCAGUACCAUGGCUUCACCCCAGGCGACCACCCAGUCGUCCACGCCGCAGAGGUUCAACGGUCCUGCGAGGGAUGGGGAUUGGGCCAACUACCGAGACACCAUUACGUCCUUAUAUCUCGACCAGAACAAGAGUCUGAAAGAGGUCAUGCGCAUCAUGCGCGAGGAAUACUACUUCUACGCGACAGAAAAGAUGUACAAGAUCCGCUUCAACAAAUGGGGCCUGCAUAAGAAGCUGCGGGCCCACCAGGUGGCAGAACUCCUAGUCCAGCGGGGUAAGCGCGCUGCCGUUGGCAAGUCGUCUGUGUCCUUCGUUGGCGGCCGCAAGAUCGACGCCGACAGGCUCAACACAUAUCUACGCCGGGUCUCCCCCGCCAGACGUAAGGAGCUGGUCGCCAUACUCUCAGGCAGGGUAGAAAUGGCCGGCUCUCAGAAGCGUAGCAUAGAAGACAUCAUAUGCCGGACGCCAUCGCCCGAACCAGAGCCAGCGAUAGAGACAGUGCCGAGGCGACUAGAUGCACCCGAUAGCUUACGGCUCCCCGAGGAGUGUAUGCAAAUCGUCCAGGCGUAUAUCGGGGGCGCUUUCGAUGGUGCAUUAUGGAAAACUACACCCAACAGAGAAUUGGUAUUUCCACCCCGAGGAAAGACGUGGCUAGACCCCGUGUCGUCUGCGAGGCAACUCUUCAUCAACGGUUUUACGGAUCAGGGGUUCUGUAUGAUUAGGGAAACCUUCGCCGGCUACCAGGAAGUGAUGGAACGGCAAGAUCCCUCACUUCUCGUCGAAACAUGUCUCGCCCUUGGAGCGUUACGACAAUCCGGACCAGACUUAGCCGAAUCGUUGAUCAAUUACGCAUACGGCAUGUCCCGGAUCAUCCUAGGUCCCAGGCAUCCUCUACACUUACUAUUCUCACGACUGAGAGGCCUCAGCUCAUACGAGAUCGCACAGUUCUCGGGUGUCAUACUCGAGACCUUCUUGAAAACCGUCCAGAUCGAUACCCGCCUUAAGCCGACAUAUCUCGCGACCGUGUACCGCGCGAUGCUCAACAGCGAAUUCAUCGAGACGGCCGUGGCGCAGCGGUACAUGGAAGGCCUACUCGCGGACCUCAAGGAAACGGAGUCGCCGGACUUACCGGCAGACGAGUUACGGAAGAAGGAUAUCGACCUUCUCCAACACCACGUCACCUGGCUGUUCAACUUACACAACAAGCCAACAGAAGCCAAGGUAGCAGCGAAGACACUAGUAGAGACCCGUCGCCGCGACCCUCGCCUCGCGCGCUUCAGCUGCUAUAACAUGCUUCGCACGCUACCGACCAGCUACGAAGUCACGGACAAGGAGGCCAUCGACAUCCUAUACCAGAGCCUCGCGAUCUGCGAGACGGAGUUCGGGCGCAGCGACAACGCAACCGUAGUCGUUCUCGCGACACUGCAGAACUACCUCCGACGCAUGGGUCGCUACGAGGAGGCGGCCAAGGUGCGGAAGGACUUCGAGACGCGGUGGGAUGAGGUGGUGGAAGGGAUGAGCCGGCUGAAAACCUGACCCGCAGCCCUAAUGAAUACCUACUACAUGGUGCAAUAGACAGGGAAUACAACGGUGCGCUGAACAGUCGUGAGAGGACAUAUAGGUGUACGGUGGUAUUCUUUAUGUAGUAACCCUGCAGCUUUGAGAACGAAAGCCA